AUAUUUUGGAGAGUUUGAUUAAUAAAAUAAAGCAGAGUCAUAAACCUUAUCUCCUUGGGUUCACAUUAAAAGAUAAAAUAGCAAAUAUCAAAGAGUCGUUCGUCUUCUUCUCUCCAUCAUUGUUUCUUUUUUUUCCCAUUCUCAUUCUACUUUUGUGCUCUGCUUCACUUUUUCUUCCUUCCUCUCUCUCUCUCUCUCUCUCUCAACAACAACCACCCACAAUGCCAGGAGUUGCUUUUUCAUCUGUUCCUUCCUCCGAUCUGGGAAUCUUCUUCUCCUCCUCCGACUUCACGGCCUGCUCCCGUCGUAUCUCAGCCUCGCUCUCAUCCCCCUCCUCCACCUUCCGCUGCUGCAUCCCAUUGAAAUUGAAUCUCAGAUCGCUACGCUCUCGCCGCUCCCCUAAGAUAUCUCCUAUUUGUUGCUCUACCUCCCGAUCCGGCCUCGGGGAUCCCGAUCUCGAGUUUCUCCAAGCCUCUGUCCUCGUUGCAGAGACAAGUAUGCAUUACAAAAUGAGGAGAAAUGGAUUCCGGGAAGAUUCGAUUUGGCAAGCAUCAAGGCAUCUCCCUCCUUUCGCGGUGAGAGCGAGUGAAUCCAGGGUUGGCGUUUUGCCUAUUGGACUUGGCUUCCUCCGCCAAUUCAAGCACCCAACUAUUUUUCUCAAGGUCUCUUGUGAUGGCGACUACUUGCUUCCCCUUAUUGUUGGGGAUGCUGCUGUUGAGACGCUAUUAGACGUAUCUCCACUCCAAGGCCACAUUGAGGAAUGCCCUGAUCAGUUCCACUUUGUGUCUUCUCUUGUCGACAAACUUGGCCAUCAAGUUAAAAUGGUAAAGCUUACAAAUAGGGUAUUCAACACUUACUAUGCAAGCCUAUAUCUCGGCAAGCCAGGAGACGAUGAUGUUAUAUGCAUUGAUUCACGGCCAUCAGAUGCCAUCAACGUUGCAAGAGCAUGCCAGGCUCCCAUAUACGUGAAUAAAACAAUAGUCCUGGAAGAUGCUAUCAAGAUUGGUUAUGGAGGCAGACCGAAGAGCACAAAGCCCAUUUUUAAUGUUAUCCUUGACAGCGCUCCAGAGGGACCAGAUCCCAUAUCGGAGGAGCUUAAACUAGUGAGGAAUAUGAACUUGGCGUCUAAAGAGGAGCGGUACAACGAUGCAGGUAUAUACUUACUCUGCUGUAUGUCAUAUGUAUGUUCCGUGUGCUUUGCAAACUCCUCAAUAUAUUUUUUUAUCCUGGGAUGUAGCGAUGUGGAGAGACCGGUUGAAGAAGCUUCGGAACUCGAGCUCAGUUGUAUACGAGGGUUUAGCAACUCCUGAGAGCUACGACUAGGGAAAGAAUAGGAGGAACGAAAGGAAAUGGAUGUAGAUAAAGGCUUGGGUCAAAAGAAUGCAAGUGUGAUGAAAAGGGUAUGGAGUAAAUUAUAAGAUGCGCUUAGAUUGAUGAUGGUAUCCCUAUCGCAUGUAGUAAGUUUAGAGGAAAGGCGCUGGUUGAUGGUACUAUGAAGAUGCUUAAAGUAGACCCAAAGAUAAAAUGAAUAUCUGAGGGAAAGUGUAAAAAAUGUAAAUGUAAGAAGACGAUGAACACAUUUUUUUUCUUUUAUUUUCAGUGUAUGUGAGUUUCUUCUUUGAAUGAAUUGGUAAAUAAGAUAUUUCAAGAGGAGCA